UGUGAUCAUAAAAAGCAGGUUACAUUCAGCCUGGAAGGGAGUGAGGGUUGGAGGAGAGGGGAGGGGAGAGAAAGACAGAGAGGGAGAGAGAGGCAGAGAGCAAGGGAGAAAGAGCACAAUUCACUCGGUGGAUUGCUCGCAAGCUUGGGGCUGAUAACCAGGGAUCUCAGGAGAGCAGCUUCCCAGAAUAACGUGCUCUCCUCCAAAUGGACCGACAGCAGACAGUGGUUCAGUCCUGCUGAUAUUUUUUAAGCCCUCCUUGCAGUUUGAUGGGCAUUCCCAGUGCUUUUGUGCACGUCUCGGGAAGCGUUGACGUGGAAAGGAGCAGCGAGGAGGGGGAGGUUGGAGGAGAAAGCUGCAGCUCCUCCAAAAGCACGGAGGGCAUGCAGGGGGGUGAGGCUGGGGACGAGGGCGAGCUGGGGACACCUCGCACCAUGGUCCCCCGGUGCCGGCGCGGCGCAGUUUCGGAGAUGUCCCUGCUGUGAGUGGCCGCACCAUGAGCAUCUGGGAGCUGCUCCUGGCUUUCGUGGUGGUGCUGCUGAUGCUCGUGGCCCUGCUGGCCAACGUGCUGGUGCUGGUGUGCUUCCUGUACAGCGCCGACAUCCGCAAGCAGGUCCCGGGAUUGUUCAUCCUCAACCUCACCUUCUGCAACCUGUUGAUGGCCGUGUCCAGCAUGCCCCUGACCUUGGCUGGGAUCAUUUACAAAGGUCAGCCGGGAGGAGAUGAGGUGUGCCACGCUGUGGGCUUCCUGGAGACCUUCCUCACCACCAACUCCAUGCUGAGCAUGGCAGCUUUGAGCAUUGACAGGUGGAUUGCUGUGGUCUUCCCUCUAAGUUAUCACUCCAAGAUGAGGUACAGAGAUGCUGCUCUCAUUCUGAGCUACACGUGGUUGCACUCGGCGUCCUUCCCCAUCGUGGCAGCUUCUCUCUCCUGGGUGGGUUUCCAUCACCUCUACGCCUCCUGCACGCUCUACAACAAGAGACCGGAGGAUAGGACACAGUUUGUGAUUUUCACUGGGGUCUUUCACGCCCUCAGCUUCCUGCUGUCCCUGGUAGUGCUGUGUUUCACGUAUCUCAAAGUGCUGAAGGUGGCACGGUUCCACUGUAAGCGGAUCGACGUGAUCACCAUGCAGACCCUGGUGCUGCUCGUGGACAUCCACCCCAGUGUCCGGGAGCGCUGUCUCGAAGAGCAGAGGAGGCGCAGGCAGCGGGCGACGAAGAAAAUAAGCACCUUUAUUGGUACUUUCAUUCUUUGCUUUGCACCUUAUGUAAUCACCAGACUUGUUGAAUUAUCCUCCGUGGUCCACAUCAACUCCCACUGGGGGAUCAUCUCCAAGUGCUUAGCUUACAGCAAAGCUGUCUCAGACCCUUUUGUGUACUCUUUGCUGCGGCACCAGUACAAGAAGACGUGGAAGGACAUGAUCAACAGGAUCCUCAAGAGAAGCUCCAUCAACUCCUCGGCGCUGGAGCCGCACGGCCGGAGCGUCCCGCAGCUCAGCGAGUGAGGAGCCUGGCAGGGCACACACAGGGUGAGAUUUGUCCAACCUGGCCCAUCCCUAGCAGCUCUCCUCAGCUGUGGGCAGGGUGAAGCCCAGAUCAUGUCCCUGCAGCAGCCCAGGACCAUCCAGGCUGCUCUGGAUCAUCUCCUCCCUCUGACUGGAAGAGCGCUAUUGAUCCCUGGUCCUGCAGGCUCCAUAAAUACAAAUCUCCCAUUGAUUUCCAUCAGCAGCUGCAUCUAUAGAUAACAAACCAGUCCUCAGCAGAGGGAUUUGUGAAAGUAAUGGGAGCAAACUGCUGCUGGCACAAGAUUAUUCUAAAAAGCUGCCCGGGGAUAUUUGUGCUGUGUUUGUCAUUGGCUGCAGGUAAAGCUCUCUCUGAUGUAGCUGCCAAUGUGGCUUUAAAAAACCACCCCACCCUAGUGGCUUGAGAAGGUUGUGUGUAGGAAAUAUCUUAGUGGGAAAAGCUUAAAAAAAAAAUCUAAAUAUUUAUCCAGUGCCCAAUGCAGUUCAGCCUUUUCUGAUAUAUAUUUUAGGAAGAAUCCCAUAGAAUUGAAGGAAGAUAAAAAUCACUUUUGGAGUGUGCUGGAUUCAGCCAUGUCUUCUCUAAUCUUUUUAAGUUAUUUACAUAGAAUCCCACUAAUAUUCUCUCCAUUAAAUUUCAGGAAAAGACAAAUGGUAGACAGGGUGGAAAGGUCAGGAUGCCUCCUGCCUACCUUCCAUAUAUCUGAGCUCUGAAUAGCUGGAUUUUGCCCAAAGCUGCAGAUCUGGGCCCUGUGCCCAGGAGGAAAAAUAACAAAUCUCUUUUGCUGAGGAGUUAUUAAUCAUGGGGCUUUUUCCUACUUAAAGGAGAGAUGAGCCUGAAUCUGAGUUUCAAGUAUAAUUUCCAAAGCAAAUGGAGCACAAAUAAUAGGCCCCCCUCUCCACCAUGAAAGUGGAGCCAAUAAUCUGAAUCCACAUCUGAAUGCGCAAAUCUCUGGAGGUGUCAGUACAAACCUUUAUAGCUCUGGAUUGCAGCUCUGCACAGGAACAUUAUUAACAUUUACCAUGCACUCAGAUGCCUGCCCAGAUUUUAAAAUAGGCUUGCUUAAUUAGGCUUCAUGAAUGCAAUGGCAGCUUCAAUAACAGCUGACACAACUGGCUGUGCUGCCAUCUAUCCCUGCUCAUAUUCCAGCUGUCAAUGCCAUUCUGAGGAAAUAAGAACUCAAGUUGUCAAAAAUGUGGGAUUAUUUUUUAGUUGCCGCCUUCUCUCAUGGAAGAAAUGAAAGAAAUUUUUUGCAUGUUGCAAAAAAUGUCCACUGUUGAAUUUUCUGGUCUCUGAUACAAAGCUCAGACUGGGGGGUCAGUGAGGGCUUCACCCCAAAGUCAGAGAAUGGGGGUAACACCUCAGUUAUUAUCUGAAGAUUAUCAGCUACCACUUAAAUAAAUAAUUUCAGCUUUACUCUUAAUUUCAGUUAUAAAAAAUACCAUAACUACAUUAAAAUCCACACAUAAUUAUAGCCACAGAAAGAAAGCUUAAAUUAACAUUUAAAACACUGCAUUCAAAUGAGCCCUUAGAUUAAAUAGUCUACCUCAUAUUUAUCAUUUUGCUUCUUAGGCUUAACAUAAUUUUCUCAGGUGCAAUAGAUAAAAACACCCAGUUCAGUAUUUGUUUUAUAGGAAAUUCAAGACAUAUUGAUGAUUGGAUUGUAUUAGAAUACAGGACGUUUGAAAGUUGAUUAUUACUGAGUUUAAAAGAUAAAAAGCUCCAUAUUGAGCAUGUUUAACUUAAAUUGCACCAGGAAAGUCCACAGCUGCUGUAAACUUCCACAUGGAGCUUGUGCCAAAGUCAGUGGGAGGUUUGUAUGUCAAUAAGGGCAGCUCCAGAAACAUUUAAACCUUCAAAUUCAAAGAGAGUAAGCUAAUUUCCCAGGAGAAAAAAAAAAACAUAAUCCACUUAGGAUGUCUAGUAAAAGAUGGAGAAUCCAGCAUUGGACUUGUCUCAUUAUGCUUGUGUACCACAGUCAGUCACUGGUUGAUUUAUAUCCCACCAUGAGCAAUAAAUCUCUCCCCUUGUAUGUGUUUAAAAAUUUGUCUCUCUUUCAUGGUGCCUUUCUUCUAUAAUUAAUCUUAUAACAGAGAAUAGAUAUAAUUUCCCCUUCCUUGCAUCAGCUCUCUGUCAUAUUUUGACCAUCUGAAGCAAGCAGGAGUUGUAAAUGCUGGUGCUUGACAAACUGCCUCAGUACACGAAAUAAAAAUGCCACCCCAACGUUUCCUGAUGACAUUUUACAGGAUACUCCAAAUAUGAUACUGUGGCUUGUUAAGUGCUAGAUUUCCAGCUGAAUUCUUAUAGGCAACUGGCAAAAUUUUCUAAAACCUGUGUCUCAGUGAUGAAUGUAGAUAUGAGUAACUAUCUGUCUGCUGAGUAUUAUAUGUACUAUAGAACACUCUGAUUGGAGUGAGUUCAAAUAAUGCUGGUAAAUGUAACAAUGCACAGUAUUUAUUGUCUCUGCCCAUGGAGCAGAGCUGUUCUCUUGUCUAACACAUGUGUGUGCAAGGUGGGGGGAGUGGGGAAAUUUCCCUUUGUAACUUAAAUAUUUUUGAAAAAGUUUGUAAAGUUUGGCUGCAACCUGUGCCCAAAAUCUGGAGCUGCAUGUGCAAAAUCUGGGCAGCUGCUUAGGCAAUAUGCAUUUUCUGUUUGUUGUGUCUGUGACCCAUAUGCAAUAGCUGCUCCUCACACGCAUGUUCAAUUAACAUUUCCUUCAUAUCUUGUAAAUUUGGCAGGCAGAGCACUGGCAGAUGAUUGAGAGAAUGUUGUCCACUGUGUCGUUUUGUGGAUUCUGAGCUUUUUCCUUUGUUCAUUUUAAUGGUUUUUGCAUCAUUUCAGAGCCCUAACUGUGAAUUGUGAUCCUGGUUUCUCUUAUACUCCUGAGCCAGUCUGAAUGUGAAGAUCUGGGUAAUUGCAAUUGGCAAAAUUAUGAGAGAGUGAUAAGGGUUUGUUGAACAAUUUUUAAGCACCAGGCCCUCUCUUGACAUAACUCAAAAUAAUGGUGGUUUCACCUGAGGAUUGGGUCCAUCAGAUGACUUCAUCCAGGGUUUAUAGAGUCCUCCUCUAUUUGUUUUUAUGGUAUUUACAAAUGGAUUUAGGGAGUUCCUCUGAUGUGCAAGUGCUCACUUCCAGUGUCAGGCAGCCACAUAACUAAUGAAGUUCUAUCCCUGAUCACACACUUUGAGUAGAUGGCCCUAAAAACCUCUUUUCACUAGCCCUAAAUCAGACUUUUUAGAACUUCCCUUAUGUCUAAAAAACCCCCAAAAACCUGGAGAUUGAGAAUGCUCCAGACAAAUCCUUCUGGAGCCUGAUGACUGCUGCAUCUGUAGGCACACAUAUCACAGCAUCCCAGACCUCAAAAAGCCCCAAAAACCCCCAAAAGCCCCAUCCCUGCCUCUGGCAGUGAUUUACCCUCUCAGUUUUGUCAAUGCCUCUAGGAAAUAAUCUUGGUAUGCUUCAGGUCAACAGUAAAAUCUUCUGGCAAGAAUAUUUUUUUAAAAAAUAACUUUGAGAAGAUGUUUUAGACUAAACUUGGAAAACCAGCUUUAUCAGAACAUCUUUAAGAGGUUCCAAAAGUGAGGCAGGACUGGAUGGGAAUGGGAGGCUGGGAAGUACAAACUGGCUGUGCUGCAGUGAUUUGGGAUUCCUUGGCUGCAGGGAGCUUUUCCCACCCUGAGAGUUCUCCAGGUUUCUCAGACUUUCACUCCUUCCAAAGAAAAAGGUGAAAAUCCUGUCCAAGCCCUGUGCCUGUGCCAUAGAUUGGGCUGAGGCUGCAAGGAUCACAGCUGACAUUGAAGGAUCCCUUUGGGUUUGGGAAGACUCUCAUGGUUUUCAGAUGGUUUAUAUGGAAACUGCUCAUGUUGUUUGAAUGUCCAGAGUCUAAUUCUUAAAUCCAAGAGGUUUAGGUCACUUGUGGAAUGUGAAUUUUUCUGGAUCUACAUGCCUAAGGUUUCACAGCUCCCUCACCUCUCUUAAUCCUAAAUGAAUUAGCUCUGAAUAGCUUGUCCUACACAUUUUUAGGUGUGCAGUGAACAUCUCUGAACCAACACUUUGGAAAUUGCUUUGCACUGCUCUUAGAUCUCCCCACACUCAAUGUUCUUCUGAUUAAACAAAGCUUAAAAACAAAGACAGAGCCUUCACACCUCUGUCAGCUCCUUGUUCCUUGACUCUUAAAAUCCCAGCUCAGCACAGAAAGCUCAGUUAGAUCCUGAUCCCAGAGUCACUGUGCUUGCUUUGCUGGAUUGUGAGGGCUGAGCACAGGAUUUUGUGUCUGCAGAAUCAGGGAUUAUGUUUUUAACCUCCCCAGACCUGAAUAAUUGACAACAAUGACAUUGUAGCCUUAGAUCUAUUUAUUCCUAAUUUGCUUUUUGUUCUUUCAGCAUUCAAUAUAGUAAACAUUUUCAAUGGGUGAAGAUUUUUUUUUUAGGAAAACCAUCCUGCUCCAAAAGGCAGCUGUCCCUGUUGGGAGGGUAUAGAAGUUUACAUGGAGAAAAGAGCUGCUGCAGUCUGUAAAAUGUCAGCUUCUCACCUGUACUCCUGGUGUCUUUGGUGUAAAUAUGUAUUUAGGAUUGUUGGUUUUUAAGCAAACACUGCUGAGCUCAUGAACUGGAGAAGUUGCUGUGGUUUAUCAUAAAUGUCUAUAUUUCUAAGGAGGAGGAUUAGCCCUACAGG